AUGGAGGCCACCCUGCUGAGCUGCGUCCUGGCGCUGCUCUGAGCGUCCUCGGCGCAGGCUGAGGUUCUGGGGCAGCCAGAUUUUGAUGCCAAAGAGUUCUCAGGCCUCUGGUAGGGGGUGCCCAUGGUCUCUGACUGCAAGGUCUUCAGGGACAAGAAGGGCCACCUGCUGACGUCCACCAGCAACAUCAAGGCCGUGGCGGAGGGCAGCCUCUGCGUCCACAUGCAGCUCCCCGGGGCUGAAGGCUGUAACCAGAUGGGUGCCGCGUAGCUGAGGGAGGGCUGCCAGGGGCACAUCCGAGUCCCGAGGACCCGCGCUCGCCUGCUUGGCCCGCUGCCUCACACCCUGAGCGGGGGCCCAGGCCGGACCCAGGAAGUGAGCUCCCAGGCCUUGAAGGCCUUCCAGGACUUCUACCCGACGGUGGGGCUGCCGGAGGACACGGUGGUCACGCUGCGCAAGUCAGGGAACGACCUUUCCCACGCAAGCUUCGCACCGCCCGCCGUCGUUUCCCCCACCCGGGGGAGGAACCCCCCACCCGGCUCUGCGGUCCAGGCCCGUGGAGCGUAUGUCCACUUGUCCCAAGAGCCAUCGGAAAGAGCCUGA